ACGAUGCUGAAAAUAAGGACAUAAUAAUGCGUAUUGAUGUUUGCUUUUACUUAGAAAUUUUUGAUUUGAUAUUUUUCUGAUAUCCUGUUUAGUAAUAUAUUUAAUAAUUUGCUGGAUUUAAUGCAUAGUUUGCCACUCAAUAUGGAUCGAUUUUCAAACGGAUAUACAUGUACCCAGUGCACAGGGAUACACAAAAUCAGUUUGUCUACCACGAAAAUUGUUUUUUUACUAAGAAGCGAAGAAUACGUAAUAUUAGAAAAAGAAGAAUGGAUGAAAGAAAGAAUUGAUAUUUCUUGAUGAUAUUUCUAUUAGCACAUCAACGGUUGUAAUCAAUGUUUAUAUGUCACAGCAGUGCCGUCGAAGAAAGACCGUUCGCCGAGAGCGUGUGACUGACACAUCUCGUCGGUAGAAGCGCAGUCUCGUAUCGAUCACAAACAUUGCUUGGUUGAACAGCGCCGAAGCUCUAACUAGUGCAUCCAGUUGAUCAAAGAAAAAAGAGUAAGAUGUGAUCUAAAAUGACGAAAAAAUUUGGAAGCAAUUACUGUUUGGAUGAUUUAGAGGAAUGUCCGCCCCUGCGACGUCGACAUACGUUUUCAAUUUUUUCAACAUCUGAAGAUAAAUCGGCAUGCCAGCGAAAGCUUUCCAAGAAAAUAUCAGGGGAUGAACAUUGGCGGAAGUUUCACACAACAAACGAGACACCGGUCAUUUUUCAUUCUAGACCACAUCGUCCUUUAAUCCGUAGGUCUCUCAAAAGGUUAAAAAUACAAAUACCUUUUCGAAAGACACGACUGAAACAAGAAUCCAAGGAGGUCCAGAAAUCACACACGUCGUUGUUUCGCAGGUUUUACAUAUGGAUGAAUUCCAAAUGUCGCGUAGAAAACAGGCAGAAAAGCCAUGCAGAGGACACUUCCACAUCAAAAUUUCACCGAAAUGUCACUAGAACUAUUGCAAUUGACCCCCUUUCUCGUGAGGACAACAAUCGUGCAAACAGUUAUAGAUAUGAAGAGACAAUUCAUCUAGAACCCGUCGGAUGUGACGUAAACUAUGUAUAUAUUUGUAACAAAUCGUCUGAAACAGUGGUUCAGGAACAAAACACAAAUGACGUAUGUAAUUUAUCGCCCGCUAAACCAGUUUCUUCGAACACCCUUCAUGUUUCGGCAAUUCAUGUGAGGAUUAAGGAUGUUUCACCAGAAAGGCAACCACUGGGAGCGACCUCCAGUUGCCCCCCUAGAAAGAGCAGUGGCGUCGGUAUAUUAAACAUUAAUUUCUAUGGAACUUGGCCACUGACCAAACGAAAGUUGGACGAAAAAGAGGAAGAGUGUGAUCCAACGUUCGAGAAACUCAUCAUUGACGCAAGAUCUGAGAAACACGACAGACUUGAGGACUUUUCCAUUGCCUAUGAGGAUAUCGAGUUCGGUGAUUGUCUCAGAGUUGGACGACAGAGAAGUAUUUACAGAGGACGCUGGCACGGAGAUGUUAAUAUCCACGACUUCCACGCUGUAUCAGAUACGAGUGACUUUUGGAAUAAAGUCAGAAAACUUUGCCGCAUACGUCACGAAAAUUUGGUUCUAUUUAUGGGGGCUUGCUUAGAAGAAUGCCAUCUUGCAAUUAUAUUAAGCUGCCAGGGCGGUAUCUCUAUGUAUGACCACAUCCACAUACAACGUGAAAAAACUUCCUUGAUCUCAAAAAUCCAGUUCAUCAGACAGGUUUCCUAUGGAAUGGGGUACCUACACUCCAGAGACAUCGUCCACAAGCGGCUUACAACGAGAAAUAUAUUCCUGUGUCCCAACGUUAGAAUCAGCGUUGUUGAUUAUGGGUUGGCGGAGGUCAAGUACGACAGACCCGGAUUCGCAUGCUUGCCAAGAGGGGACCUGACGUACAUUGCGCCGGAAGUCUUAUGUUCCAUGUCUGUUGUUCCUCCAAUGCUCGUCCCCAGCGUUCCUUUCACUAAUGAAACCGAUGUAUAUGCCUUCGGAACCGUUGUCUAUGAGCUGCUGACAGGACAUUAUCCAUACUACGGAAAACUCCCAGAAUUUAUUAUUUGGCAAACUUGUAAGGACAAAAAACGAGGGAUUCCUAAUAAGACCGGCAUGAAAAUUCUAGAGACUCUUACAAGCAAAUGUUGGACGCACAAUCAAGCGAAACGGCCAAGUUUUCAGGAUAUCAGCAAAACGUUGCAUAAAAACGCAAAUCUUCACAAGCAGCAUAGUGUAUCGGAGCCCGACAUUUCAGGACGAUUUGGAACCAACCUUUUGAAUGGCUUUCUAAAGUGAAGGAAUCAAAUGUACAGAUAUUAGAAAUAAUCGAAUCAAAUCAAUCUUCAAUGAUAGAAUUACAUUUUUUCCCAAGACAAAAUGAGUAUGCAUGUAUUAAACGUUGUAUAAAUUGAUGGAAAAACAAUUAAAAUAUUCCGUGGCUGCCAUGUGGCCGUAUAUUAUAUGUUAUACAAAAUGUUUCAUUAAACAUGAUUGUGUAAAAUAUUGCAUUUUAAAGUCAUUGUAGUUUUCGUAUCUAUAUGUUCUUUGAAUAUUAGUACUUUUUAUCAGUAAACUUUUAAA